AUGGCCAUGAACUUCGCCCCCUACCAAUCCUCGCCGCCCGAGAGCGAACGUGCCAAAUCGCCGCCGCCGCCGCUACGCUCCCCAACCGCCUCGCCCAAACCGCAUCAACAACACCGCCGGCAGCCCUCGCGCAACAUCUCCUCCGUCGCCGAUCAAGAAGACCCCUGGGCCGCCGCGCGCGCACAGAGGUUGCCUGACCCAUCGCAGUACGCCGACGACGACGACCUCGAAAGCGGAGGGUACCAAGACCUGGAUAACUCAGGCCCCCGGCCUUACAACGAUCGGUACAAUGAUUAUAUUGGAAACAGCGCGCUGCAGGGUGGAGGCAACACGGGUGGUGUGAGCAUAUUCGAGACGUCGCUGGGACUGCCGCUGCGGAUUGAGGCGUGUCUGGCGUACUUGCUUCUCCCUCCCGCGGGCGGUGUGGUGCUCUUGCUGUUCGAGCACAAGAGCGAUUAUGUGCGGUUUCAUGCUUGGCAGAGCGCGUUGGUGUUCAGUGCGCUGUUCCUCAUCCAUGUCAUCUUCAGCUGGACGGCCGUCAUGAGCUACAUCAUCCUGGUCUUUGAUUUGCUUCUGAUCGGGUAUCUGGUCGUGGGUGCCUGGAGGAAUGCUGAGACGUUGGACAGGGUUGAGUUGCCGGUGUUUGGAAGGCUGGCAAGCAGUUUUGUGGACGAUGAGUGA